AUGUCAACAACAGAGAACACAACAACUGCUAUCGUUCAUGAAGCCAUAAGUGAAGAAUACGAGUGGGUUCAGUUUAACAAACAGUUACGUCUCAUUCGUUCGGUCAAAGAUGACAUGUACCAAAUGCAAAGUAUUUUGACAGCAUGUUUUGCACCAGAUAUCAAACAUACAGACGAUUGGUUCAAAAACCAAAGCACACAAGAACUUUUGAGCGAAGCACAGCGAGACCGACUUUUUUCGGGGUCGCCAAAACUCUAUGAAAAUCGUAAAAAUUUGCCAAAUGGUUUGAGAGGUUGGUAUGUACAUAGACUUCUUGUAAAUGCUGUUGCAAUGUGGGCUUCGCCUCGUUAUGCUUGGUAUAUUUACAGACUUCUUGACGAAAUUCACAGACAAGAACGUGAAGAGAUGGAAAAGAAACUUCAAGCAAAAGAUGAAGUCAUUGAAUCCAAAGACAAAAACAUACAGAAAAGAAUACCACGUUCGGUACCAAAAGGAAAGGAAAAGAACUAUAAGUAUAUGAUUUACACUGAAGAGAUGGAAAAUGAAGAAGACAGAGAUAUG